AUGGCUGCAGUUUCAGUCACCGGGACAGCUGGUAUCCAGGAGCCCUGUACUCUCCACGAGCAGGAUGUCUCAGCGUCACCAGACCUGCAGCUUCUCUGCAGGGCGCUGGGAAUGAGCCCUGACCCCGUGAACAAACUUCAAAUCCCAGACUUUAAUUUCUUACAGGAAAUGGCAAAGUUGCCCGUUGACUUGACCGCAAUACCCGGGGGGACCGACGUCCAGGCCAUGCGCCAUUGGAUCGACAACGUUUUCUUGCAAGGACCUCUGGCCGAAUAUAGAGCCAGGUGUGACAUCCAACGUCGACGACCGGGAACCAGGAUCGAUGUAAAGGAAGUAUCCGUGCAAUGCUCAGAUGGGAGCCAAGACACAUUCAACAUACGUGUCUAUGAUCCCCAGAUUGAAGAGACGAUAUCAAAGCGGCAGUUGAGACCUGCAAUACUCAUGUUCCACGGUGGCGGCUGGAUACAUGGGAAUUCUCGUGGUGACGAAAUCGCAUCGACAAUAUUUGCGGCCGAUCUGGGUGCCGUCGUUCUGGGCGUCGACUAUAGGCUUGCCCCCGAGCAUCCAUUUCCAGCCCCUCUAGAGGAUUGCAGCGAGGCCAUUGCGUGGACAAUCCGCAAUGCAGAAACAUAUCAAAUAGAUACCUCCCGCAUAGCACUAUGGGGUGCUUCCGCAGGGGGGAAUCUUGCGGCUGCGGCUAGCAUUAAACAUUCCCGGGAGCGUUCAGUGACCGGAUAUCCCAGUCUCCGGUUGGUGAAUCUUGUGGUACCUGUUACUGCACACCCAAAAGCACAAGCUGCGUUCAACGAACGACGGCUUUGUAAAAGGAGCAACAUCGAGGAAACAGUUGCAGAUGUGCCGCCGGCUCCAGAGCAAGUGGUCAAGGAAUUCGAAACAUUAUAUGAGCUCUAUGUCGGCAAUUCGACCGAUAUAUACGAUCAUCUUGCAUCUCCUCUGAUGGCCCAAGACAUUUCACAACAUCCCCAAACUCACAUAACAGUUGCUGCCUGCGACUAUUUGAUGCCCCAAGGUCUGGCGUAUGCACAGCUUCUUCGCUCAUUUGGCACACAUGUCACGGAAGAGAUUCUUGCUGGUGUCCCCCAUGGCUUCACUUUUCCACUAAACGCAGCUGUGACAAAGAGGUGGCUUGAGAACCAGAGAGACAUCUUCAUGGCAGCAUUUAGCAGUGCAGACGCUUGA